AAGAGUUAAGGCAGGGCCUGGGUGCUCCUCGUGUCCUUGGGCGGUCAGCGCCAGACAGGACACGCACGGGACACGCCAUGAGGGGCUUGUUGGUAUCUCACUCCCGGGCCCUGAUCCGACCCUUCAGCUCCAGUGCCAGAAACCGCUUUGUGAACAAAGUAGCUGAAAAACAAAAGCUCUUCCAGGAAAACAAUGACCUCCCAGUCCACCUGAAGGGUGGAGGCAAAGACAACCUUCUGUAUAAAUUAACCAUGGCCAUCUGCCUGGGAGGCACUAGUUACAGCCUCUUCUGCCUUGGCUGGGCCUCCUUCCCCCACCAGAAGUGAGACUGGACACCAGGACCGGACAAGGGGAAAGGCGUGGCAGGGCCUGGGCCUGGGGUGAGGGUUAGGGCUGGGCAGAAAUAAAUUCCCUUGCUGGGAGA